AUAAGGAAAUCCCAACAUGUGAUUGGAUGAGGGGCCAAGUUAUUCUACGCUGCGAUGCUUCCUCGCCACUCUGCUGGAUCUGUGGCUGCAGUGAAAGGACAGACCAAGCGGUCAAAUAAUAGCAGUCAUACAGCAAACUCCAGGAUAAAUAUGCUUUAUAAGAAGUAACCUGUCCAACGGAAGUAACCACAGUAUUAUACUAUUUAAGAGCAGGAGCUUUCCACCAGUAGACCAGUGAUUUUCCACCAUGUUGUCCAGGUUGAGGACAACCUGGUCCCUGAGGCCCUGUGUCUCUGUUUGCAGAUGGGCACACACCAAAGAGAAGGGCAAGCCCCUCAUGCUCAACCCUCGCACCAACAAAGGAAUGGCCUUUUCUCUACCGGAACGACAGAUUUUAGGAAUACAUGGUCUGUUGCCCCCCAAAGUGGAGACUCAGGACAUUCAGGCCAUGCGCUUUCAGAAUAAUCUUAAGAAUAUGACUGAUCCCCUACAGAAAUACAUCUACUUGAUGGGCAUCCAGGAAAGGAAUGAGAGGCUUUUCUACAGGUUGUUGAUGGACGACAUAGAGGAAUUGAUGCCAAUUGUCUACACUCCCACUGUAGGCUUGGCUUGCACACACUAUGGACACAUCUUUAGAAGACCCAAAGGUUUGUUCAUCUCCAUUCUGGACAAAGGACACAUCCGUUCUAUCCUGGACAACUGGCCAGAGACUGAUGUUGCAGCAGUAGUAGUAACUGAUGGCGAGCGUAUUUUGGGAUUAGGUGAUCUGGGUGUUUAUGGAAUGGGCAUCCCUGUCGGAAAACUUUGCCUGUACACUGCCUGUGCCGGCAUUAGACCUGAUAGUUGUCUGCCCGUGGUGAUAGAUGUUGGCACAGACAAUGAGACUCUCCUCAGGGAUCCGCUCUACAUGGGGCUGUACCAGGAGCGAGAUCGCUCUCAAGCCUACGAUGAUCUGAUUGAUGAGUUCAUGGAAGCUGUCGUGGAAAAAUACGGGCAGGACACACUGAUCCAAUUUGAGGACUUUGGGAACCACAAUGCCUUCCGCUUCCUUAGAAAGUACAGGGAGAAGUACUGCACCUUCAACGAUGAUAUUCAAGGCACUGCGUCUGUAGCCCUUGCCGGUCUGUUAGCAGCCCAGAGAGCCAUUGGCAAACCCAUCACUGAACACCGGGUACUUUUUCUGGGAGCUGGAGAGGCUGCCCUUGGUAUUGCCAAUCUGAUUGUCAUGGCCAUGAUGGAGAGGGGGAUGACCCAAGCUGAGGCCAGAAAGAAGAUCUGGAUGUUCGAUAAACAUGGCUUACUCGUAAAGGGAAGACCUCAGGAAACCGACUCUAACCAAGAGGCAUUUGUCCAUGACAGUCCAGGGACUGUACCAAGCUUCCUAGAUGCUGUCAACACCAUCAAACCCACAGCUAUCAUUGGUGUGUCAGGAGCUGGACGUCUGUUCACCCACGAUGUCAUCAAGGUCAUGGGAACCCUGAACGAACGGCCAAUCAUCUUUGCCCUGAGCAACCCGACCAAUAAAGCAGAGUGCACAGCAGAGGACGCCUACACACUCACUGAUGGUAGAUGUCUUUUUGCCAGUGGCAGUCCAUUCGGUCCAGUGACUCUGAGUGAUGGCCGCGUCAUCACUCCGGGACAAGGGAACAAUGCUUACAUCUUUCCAGGUGUGGCCUUGGCUGUGAUCCUGAGUGGAGUGAGACACAUCAGUGACACAGUAUUCUUAGAGGCUGCUAAGACCCUUUCAGAGCAGCUGACAGAUAAAGAGCUCGAAGAAGGCAGACUCUAUCCCCCCCUCUCCAACAUCAGAGAGGUCUCGGUCCGGAUGGCUGUCAAGGUGGUGGAGUUUGUCUAUUCAAACGGCAUGGCGUUUCGCUACCCUGAGCCAGUGGACAAGGAUAGCUUUGUAAGGUCUACUAUGUGGGACACUCAAUACCACUCCUUCUUGCCAGACACCUAUGACUGGCCAGCUGUCAGCUUCAGCCCCAAGACUGACGUAAAGUAGUCUGAAGUAGCCCCCCCCCCCGCCUUUUGUUUUCCACUCAAUUCUUAAUCGCAGAUCUUUUGAGAUUAUCAUAACUUUCUUAGUGCAAACAUGAAUGUCCAGUGGAAGUCCAUUACUUCUGCCCUGGUCCUGCAUUCGCACUAAAAUAGCAUUAUUAGAUCUCUGAAAAGGUAGAGUGGAAAAUGGCAUUUGAAAGAGGAUAUUUGAAUGAAAAUGGCUAUUUUAUGCUUCACGUCCCAGUUCUUUAUCACCUCUGCAUCACAAACCUGCCCAGUGCCUGGAGUGCCAUCUGGUGAUGGGAAAAGGCAGUGUGGAAAUCUGGCUUCCUCGUUCCAACUUUGAGAUACAUUUUAGUUUGAUUAUACUGUUUUAAAAAGAACAUAACAGACAUAAUUCCAUGUUAUGUUACAGUAAAUGGCCACAAUAAGGGCUCCUGCACACUACUUAUGUGGCGGGAGUGUGUCAGCUGCAUGGCAUGUCCGGUUUUAUUUUGGUUCCCAUGCUAACCGGCUAGAGCUUGCACCCUGCCUCCGUGACACGCUCGAAAAAGAAAACGUGUGCAUGCUAGAAAGAGGAUCUACGCUAAUUUUUCAUGCGACACGCGAGCAUGUUGGAAGUGUUUUCAGGCAAAAUAGAAUACAAACAAACACAUUUAAUAAACAACAUUUUAAUGUUUGCAUGAAUGCAGAUAUAAAUGUAAUUUAAAAAAAUAUAUAUUGCACCUGUCAAUACAGAACAAAAUUAUUAUUUUUAUUUUAUUAUUUAAUUGUAUCAAGGGGAAACAUUCAGUGCACAAACAAGGCUAGCAGCAGCCGCGCUUCGUCAGACACGUUUCUGGUUUGCAAAGACAUAGAAAACGCCACGCCGCCACCACGCAACAGAAACGCCACGCUUACGCCACGCAGGCAGUGCGCAGGAGCCCCUUAUUGUUAUUGAUAUGUACUAAAACACCAAACUUUUACCUAACAAUCUCUAAGCCAAUUAGAUUGCGCUGAAUAGUAAACCAAACACACUCAAAGUUAAGCUGGGUUUUUACAAGCAGUAAUGACUCCAUGGUUUGUUUUGUGUUUGUGUUAUCAUCCACUAUCUUUCUUUUUAGUCAUGAAUAACCUGAAAAUAAGUGGGUGCCAUGCUAAUCCAAUGCCACACACACACAUAAUAUACAAAACUAUUGUCUUUUUAACCAAUUUGAAAAGUUACUCACUCCAUAUUUUAGGUAGUGAUGAGUCUAAUUUGAUGCAAAACAGUUGUUGUAUACACUCCUGAUUCAGAGCUUAGCUAGCACUUACUACUACUUUGACUAUAUGUAGCUACCUAGAGAUUCCCUAACUGAAUACCUGGUUAUUAACCUGAACAACUAAAGAAAGACCUCGGAAAUAAUGAUGAGAUCUUAGGAAGGGAAAUUUAAUAAAAAUGAUAUCUAAGAACACUCGAGAGAGGAAAAAAAACAUCCACUUCAGCAUUUAAUUUGUUUGAAUGCUUUUGUCACAUUGUUUUUAUUUCUCUGAAUCUAUUUUGGGUUUGUAUUUAUAUAUUUUUUUCCCCCGCGUGCUGUAUAUUCCUCUAACAGCCUGUCAUGAACACUCCUUUAAUAAAUUGUGGUAAGAAAAAAACACAUCCCUAAAAAUGAACCCUAUUGCUGAACUAUGAACAUUUGACAACCUAUACCUUAAAUAUUUAAAGAAACUGCAAGAUAUUUUGUAGUUUAAUUAUAUUUUGUGUACUAUAUAUACACUUUUGUAGAAACUGAGACUGUUUAUAAAAGUUGUGUUAAGUACACCCGCUGGUGUUUCGAGAGGUUGAUCUGUGGGUUUUACUCCUUGGAACAUGUUCAACAUAUUUACAGACUAAGCUUCUGGUCUACCGUGACCAGUGUUACUAACUCUUACACAGUCCUAUUAACUCAGACAGAUGAAAAAUACCUUAGGCACGUUUAUGUGUACAGCACCUUUCAAAGUGCUGUAGAUGAGACAUAAAAAACAUUAAGAACAACACAAGCCAAUACAAAGUAGACAUAAAUAAGAUUUAGAAGAGUAAACUUAAAUAGAAGGUUAAAAAAAAAAGCUAAAAUAGAAUAUGAAAGAUUACAGUCUAGAGCAAGAUAUGAAUAAAUAGUAUUACAUGUAAUGUCAUAAAAGGCAGAGGCAAACAGAAAGGUCACAAGUGUUAAUUUAAACAAACAAAGACCUCAAGUUCCACACAUGUGAUGUUUGAUGCAUGAGCGAUUCAAAAAUCGUAUUAUUGGCAUAAUAAGAAAGUGACCCAAACAGCCUGCUGGGACCCAAACAUCUUAAAAUUAAAAUCUUGACCUUUUUAAUACAGGUUCACUAUAUUCUGGGGAAUAAAAAAUGGUCAUGUCUCAAAAUGACCCAUGCAUUGUUAAGGAGUAGUGCUGCCUAUAAGAUAAUCACAUAGAUUGUUACUGGAAAUAUAUAUUUGCUAUGAAUAAACCGAGCAAUGCUAGAGCAUUUUGUGAUUAUAGUGAUCUCCUAUCAGUUACACAUUUUAAAAGUCACUGUUAAAGAAGAUGACAGAAGCACAACCUCCUUAUCAUAACAUGCGGUUCUCAAAGUAAGAUAUCCAUCAAAUAUAUUCCAGUUCUAUUUUCCUAAUAUUUCAUAUUUAUGCCAUCUACAGUGUGAUGUACUGCGCUUACAGUAUCUCAAUCAAUCAAUUCUAUUUGUCACGUGAAAUCGUCAAUCCUCUCAGUGAGACCUAGUACCGACAGUUAACCUUCCAAGGUUGUUUAUAAGAUCUUUAUAUUUGGCUCUGUGCUCUGAUAGGCUGAUGCAGUCUCUCGUAGUGAUUAAGCCAAAGAACAACAAUUCUGUGUUUAAUUUAAAAUGUUAGAAUUGAGAAAUUCUGACCAUAUACAAUGGACACAAAUACAUACACACGCCCUCACAGCUGAAAUGUGUUUAAGCCUGGUUUUAAUGUAACUGCUUCAUUUUUCAAUUGGUCUGUUUAAUUCAUAGUAUAUUGCUUACAGGACUGAAUUAAAAAAAAAAAGUUGUUUUGUUCUUGUUUUUUUGUAAAGAAUUCCGUGAGCAGUUUUUCCUCUGAUAGCUUGAGGUUGUGAACAUAUUAUACAGGCAACGUUUUGUACUCAUACAUUUGACUUUAGUUGUAUUUAAAAGAAACUAAAAACAAUUUGACCUCAGUACGUGUUGGGUCAUGUGUCUAUCCAGUUGUUGUUACUAACCGUGAUCGUCUAUAAUGAGUUUUUACAUAAGGUAACUCCAUAUUUCAUUGAAGUGUGCCUUCAUAUAGUGCUGUGUCCUUAAAGUCUGUGGUUCUGGAGUUUAUUUUUGUUAAAGAAUAAUAUUGCCUUAGCGUUUAUGCGUUUAUGCUGUUAGAUGUGCAGAAUAAAAUCAGUUUUCACACUGGC